AUGACUACCGAAUGCAAAUCUCUGCGCCAGAUGGAGAGCGACGGCUUCCAGCUCGUCACAGAAGUGGUCACUCACAAACUCAACCAUAUUCCGAUUUUCAAGGGAGACUUCGCAUCACUUCCGCCCAAGGUUCAACGUUUCGUUGCUGAGAAGGCCGAGCUGAUGAAUCCGGCUGGCAUUUUCAUUUGCGACGGAAGCGAGAAAGAAUACCAAGACAUAAUCGACAAACUCGUUGAAAGAGGUGUUCUAACCCCUCUCAAAGCUUACGAAAACAACUACUUAUGUCGCACUGAUCCACGAGAUGUCGCCCGAGUCGAAUCUAAGACAUGGAUGGUAACCAAGGACAAAUAUGACUCGGUGUGCCAUACCCCUGAAGGAGUGAAACCCAUUAUGGGACAAUGGAUGAGUGAGGAACAGUUCGCUCAGGAGCUUGACGCGAGAUUUCCUGGAUGUAUGGCCGGUCGUCCAAUGUACGUGAUACCCUACUCGAUGGGACCGAUUGGAGGACCUCUGUCUAAAAUCGGAAUCGAACUUACCGACUCGAGUUAUGUGGUGCUGUGCAUGAAAAUAAUGACUCGUAUGGGUUCGAAGGUGCUGGAGGCACUCGGUGAUAACGACUUCGUGCGCUGUGUACACUCUGUUGGUCUGCCACGCCCUGUCAAAGAAAAGGUAAUUAACCAUUGGCCAUGCAACCCUGAGAAGGUUAUGAUUUCUCACCGACCGAAGGAGAGAGAAAUUUGGUCGUUCGGCUCCGGUUACGGAGGAAACUCGCUUCUUGGUAAAAAAUGCUUCGCUCUCCGCAUCGCUUGCAACAUCGGGUACGACGAGGGGUGGAUGGCCGAACACAUGUUGAUUAUGGGUGUCACAAAUCCAGAAGGCCAUGAACGAUUCGUUGCCGCAGCCUUCCCCUCCGCUUGCGGAAAGACGAACCUUGCUAUGCUACAACCGACGAUUCCCAACUGGAAAGUCCGUGUAAUAGGAGAUGAUAUUGCCUGGAUGAAGUUCGGAGAAGAUGGUCGCCUUUAUGCCAUUAAUCCAGAAGCUGGCUUCUUCGGAGUCGCACCUGGUACUUCCAACAAGACAAACCCAAUGGCUAUGGCCUCGUUCCAGAAGAACUCGAUCUUCACGAACGUUGCUGAAACUGCCGAUGGAGAGUACUUCUGGGAAGGACUUGAGAAAGAGCUCAAAGAAAAGAAAAACCUCACCGAUGAACAGCUGCGCCAAAUUGACAUCACGAACUGGCUCGGAGAGAAAUGGCAUAUUGGCGAUGAGGGAAAAGCUGCUCAUCCAAAUUCGCGUUUCACUGCCCCAGCGGGUCAAUGCCCAAUCAUUCAUCCAGAGUGGGAGGCACCUCAAGGUGUACCCAUCGAUGCUUUAAUUUUCGGAGGUCGUCGUCCAGAAGGAGUGCCUCUCGUUUUCGAGAGCUUCUCAUGGGAACACGGAAUCCUCGUUGGAGCGCUGGUCAAAUCGGAAGCAACUGCUGCAGCAGAACACACCGGUAAACAGGUUAUGCAUGAUCCUAUGGCUAUGCGUCCAUUCAUGGGUUACAACUUCGGUAGGUAUCUACAGCACUGGAUUAAUCUCGGAAAAGCACCACAUAAGGUCCCAAAGAUCUUCCAUGUGAACUGGUUCCGAGAAACAAGCGACCACAAAUUUUUGUGGCCAGGCUACGGUGAUAACAUCCGAGUACUCGACUGGAUUCUCCGACGGGUUGAGGGUGUUGAAGACAUUGCUGAACAAACUCCGAUCGGGUACAUUCCAAAGCGCGGUAGCAUUAACUUGGACGGCCUCCCACGUAUCGACUGGAAUGAGCUUAUGUCGAUUCCAAAACAGUACUGGACGGAAGAUGUCGAGGAGAGCAAGCACUUCCUUGAAUCCCAGGUUGGACCCGACCUGCCUAAGCCAAUCGCCGACCAACUCGCAGAACUUGAGAAGCGAAUCAAUGCUUUGUGA